AUGAGGGUCAAUAAAAGAAUAAAACCACUGGCUAGUGAUUCGAGUACAAGGAACUUGAUGCCAGUAUGUGUUCAUAUGCUGCUCACAGUCAACAGGGGAGUGCCAGGUCCUUGGCUGCUGCUCGCCACCUCUCAGGAUGGCCUCUGGCAAAGUAAUCAAGCUGCUGGUUUUUGAGCUGCUGGAGUUUGCUGCCUUCUCUGUCCCUACCCUGGUGAUAAUGGAACAGUUUGCAGCUGCCUCUCAGAGGACAAAGCAUUCACCUGACAGGACGCACUAUUGGCUCAUCGUUUCCUGCUCCAUUGCCUAUGUGGCUGUAGUGAGUCUCUUGAUCUGGGUUCCCAUAAAAGUUGUCUUAUACAAGAAACGGCAUCUGUACAAAAAAAUUAUAGGAUGGCGACCUGUUCUGAUGAUGUGUGUCGUGCUCACUACUCUCCCCAGCUUCAGCUUUUCUAUAGCAGUGACCGAGGUCAAAAAAAACAUCAACGGCUCAAUUAAUUUGUUGCCCGAUUCCUUACCUGACCUGCCAGUGUCUCUGGUUCUGCUGUCCUUGAUCGUGGUUGACAUUAUUGAAAAACUCAGGAUAUACCCUCUAAGAGGGGGUCAAAUGAGUUAUGAAGAAAAUGACAUCCACAUAACCUCGUUGCAACAGAUAAAAACCGUGACAGAACAGGUGGCACAGGGUGAUGAGAAUACCCCAUCUGCCCAGGCAGCCAAGCCCACUGCAGUGUCCCAACCCUGGCACCACGUGGCGAUGAUGGCAGGGCCCCAGGAGCCCUCCUUUCACUCUGGAAUCCUGAGGACGAUGUCUCACAGAGAUGUCCGGGCAAAUCUGCUCCUACAAAGCUUCCUCACGUGGUCGGACACUAUCGAGAUGCUGCGUGUGGCUGGGCACCCCGCCGUGUACAAGACAGGCUGGCUGUACCCUGUCUACAUAUUCAGUUUCAUAUCUCUUCUGCGAAUGGUCUUCACGCCUAAGAACCCUCUUCUCAGUUCCCUGGGGGUCCUAUUGCAGGAUUUACCUUUUAUUUUUCUUAGACUCAGUUUAAUCAUUGCCCUGGGGACCAUCACGCCAGUCCUGGGCCUUUGCAAAAAUGUCCUAGUGACUGUCUCAUAUAUUUACUUCAAUUAUGUAACCAAACUCAGGCCUUUCUCUGCCUUUGAAACCUCUCCAUUUUAAAUGGCAGAUGCUAGGAUAGUAAGUUCUCCUGACUAUGCAUAUAUACACAUUUGAAAAGUUUUUCUAGCAAUAAGCUUUUACGCUAUGCAGAAUUAGCCAUUUCCAAACUGUACCAUAGGUUUUGGUUGUUUGUUUUUAUAUGUAUAAAUGGUGCCACACUUAAACAAAGUUAUAUUCUUUCAAGUUGGCUCUUCCAGACUUCCGGAAAGCUUAGUCAUUGAUUUUAGCAAUGCAUAUUCCACUUUUUGAUAAAAAUCACUCCAUAAGAAAGCCUUUUAAAAUGAUUGGAGCCGAGAACUAGCUCAAGAAUGACUUGUUUUCUUUUAAUCAUGUGUGCACUGAAGAACAUUGUGUGGCUUAAUUAGUCAAAAUUAGUUUUAGAAAAUAACCAGAAGUUAUUGAAUAUAUUUUAGAGUUUGCUUGAAAAUCUGAAAACUGUGGUUUUAGGGUCUCUUUCAAAACUUAAACUUCUAUUUUCUGUGUGUAUGUGUUUGGUUUUGUUUUCAGCAAUGAGGAUUGAACCAGUGCCCUGGACACACCAUCUUAGUAGCAACUCACUACUGCCUAUGAGCCACAUGAAAAUAUGUUUCUUGCCCCACUGUGGUGACCUCUGUUCAGUUCACUGUGUGAAAAAACGAGGGACUUCAGCAGACGCCAGCUCAGCUAAGCUUCACUAAGUCUUAGGCUGGUUCAGUGGGCAGUACUUCAGCUGUGUGGGUGAUAGUUUUUCAAAUGCUACUUUAUUUGAGUGUUCCUUAAAGCUUCUACCUCCCUUCCAGUCCCCCAACCCCAGGCAGGUGGAAAAGAAGGUUGUAAGGGAAAGGGGAUGUAGCCUUCUUUACUUCUUCCUGCUGGGUAGGGUUGUAGGAUUCUUUUAGGGGCAAUACCAAUGUCCAUUGUCAGGAAGUCUAGAAGUCCAGGUAAACUAAACCAGCAAACCAACAAGGGCAGCAGACAGUCCUCCUUCUUCCCUUCUCCCCUCCAAGCAACCACACUUUUUUCCUCUGGGUUAUCGUAUUUAUACCCCUCGAAGUCCACAUAAUUCAACUAAUUACAUCUGGAAAAGACCACACUCUGCACAAAAUAAUUAACAGGUGUGGACAAACUAACCCCCCCACUUGAGAUUAUAACAAAAACUUGCUUACAUAUCAUAAGCCAACAGGGUUGAGUGUAAUGAAACCAAGGUACAUUGCGAGUCCUAGAUAAAGUUUUAUAAUGGAGACCAUAAACCGAAGAUAAAGUAGAAGAGCAUAACAUUUAUGGAAUUUGAUACCAUUAUUUAAAAAAAAAAAAGCAAAAGCCAUAUUUAAAAGGAGGGUUUGAACUUGGCGAAAUGCCAAGGUGCACUAGGUCAGGAAUAUCUUCAUGUUUCCAUAACCACACACACAGCCAUGAGCUCUGCAGGUGCCAUGGCGGCACAGAUACUCAUAUCCGCAGCACAGGUUCUCUGUGAGAGCUUUGUAAGAAGCUUAUCUGUGCAGAGUAAUGAGUCACUUCAAUAUCUCCUCCCUGAUCCAUGGAAACAGAUAGCUUAUGAAUAGAUGAAUAAGUCUGAGUGUUUCUGGCCUCUGCACUGAGGCCCCAGGCUCCAAUUCCAAUGUCUUACAGUUCUUACACUGCUGAGAAGGUCUACUCUUAAUUGUUAAGCUUUGCUUGCCAAAAGCUUAACAAUUUGUGAUUUGGAGCUGGUUCCUUGAAUGUUGUGGCCCCCACUGCUACAUGUAAAAAAUGCACACAAUAUAAACACUCCUUUAAUAGUGUUGGGGUAUUGUAGGAUUUGGAGUGCUCCCAGUAAAGUGUCUGGCAAAUAAUAACAGCUUAUAAAUGCUAAGCAUUUAAUGAUACCACCCCACAUCCCUGCCCACUCUCUGGGAAUGAUGAUUUGUACCUGACAUUUGUGGAAUGUAACAUGUAAGAUCUUAAGUAUAAUCCCUGACUGCAAGUUUUUAUCAGUUAUUCUAGUGAUCAGUAGUGAAUGAUAUGAUAUGUUAAAUAUUUAGACGAAAGAGAAUGUGGGAAGUCAUUCUUCCAUUUGAAUAGAACUUCUGUGAAUUUUCAGGUAACUCAGACUAUAGCACUUUUUUUUUUUUUUUGAGGCAAGAUCUCACUAUGUUUUGAAUUCACUAUGUAGCUCAAACUUAUCUUGAAUGGACCAUCCUCCUGCCUCCACCUCCCUGCUGGGAUGCAGUUAUGUGCCAGCCACCCAGGGUCUUCUGGUUUUGCAUUGCUGAGGAUUAGACACAGGCUCACCAACUCACCAGAGCCACGUAUGCCAUCUGUCACUCAGCCACACCCCCAGCCUGCACUUUUUGUUUUUGAAAGCUUGUCAUUAGAUAUUUACUUUUCUUGGCUUCCCGUUAACUUGUUAGCUGUGCCUCUGUCUCCAACCCGUCACUCCAGGUAGGCGCUCACGGUGUUCAUGACAUAAAAUACAUACCGCGUAUCUUUUAAAAUUCAGAGGUGCCUAUAACCAAGCGGCUAAUUUACAGUAGCCAGAAAUGCACUACUCGUUUACAUAAAAUGUAUAUAUCUUUAUUUUUAAAUUUAGGGUGAAUGGCACUCAGUAAAUUCUAAAGUAUUAGCUGAGCUUAGCUUGUGUUUUGCACCUGAAACAUGAACAUGCCUGAUAUUUGAGGAUGUUAGCAAUACUUUAUACAGAUAAUGAAGGCAUGUGUAACAAACAGGUCAUGUCGACAGGAAAAGCUUUGAGUCUCUAGCCUGACUGGGAGUACACAGAUGUUUAUAAAGCUCAAGCCUGUGAUAUUUAAGCGGUAUUACAAGAAAUGAUGCUGCUGUGGUAUUGAUCUACAUUAUGUGAUUAAACCUAUAUUGAUAAAAUUGUACUGUACUUCUCAUAGCUUUUUAUAGCUAUUGGUAGGAAGGAUUUGUGUCCUAAUAAAAAGCUUAAUUUCUGCUGUAAAGUGUGCAUGCAAAAACUGGCCAGAUCUGUGAUUGACUAUGUGGUAUUUAACUCCAAAUAAAAUCUGGAGCUGCGUGAGAA